AAGGGCAGCUCCCGCAGCAGCAGCAGCGGCGGCGACAUGGACUCCCUUACGGACACCCACGAGAUGAAUGGGCUGACCGUGGAGAACGGCGACGCGACGCCGCCGGAGCAGCCUCGAACACAAUGGCUGCAGAGAAACAGACAAAUUAACAUCAACCAUUAUGCCAAUAAGAAGAGUGCGGCAGAAAGUAUGUUGGACAUUGCUUUGCUUAUGGCGAAUGCAUCCCAGCUCAAAGCAGUUGUGGACCAAGGACCUACCUUUUCAACCUAUGUUCCACUUGUUGUCCUCAUCGGCAUCUCACUCUCACUUCAGAUCAUAGUAGGCGUGCUUCUAAUAUUCCUUGUCAAAUAUGACCUUAAUAAUCCUGCAAAACAUGGCAAGCUGGAUUUCCUCAAUAAUCUGACAACUGGACUGGUGUUUAUUAUAGUGGUUGUGAAUAUCUUCAUUACGGCCUUUGGAGUUCAGAAGCCAAUGGACUCAAAAGUAUAGGUCAAAGAAGAGACCCAAGUUCUUAAAUGUUGGGAGAUAAAUGUUACGAACUUGAGCCAGUAUCUCUUAAAUGGAAAACAUGAAGAACCUGAAGCAAUUCAAAAAAGCAUUAUUCUCUUUCAAUUUAACUGUUUCUCCAGGAACUGUUAUCCCGUGCCUCCACUGGCAGCUCAGAAUUCCUUGCUCUCUGUGCCUUAUAUGUUGAACAGAGAAAGAGGUGAUUUCUACACUUGAAAGUAUGGGCUUCACAGAAGUAGAAAGACAGCUGAAAAUUCUGCACUAAAGGAAGGCAAGUUCAUCUUGCAAAACUCAACUUUCUGAUCCCAAUAUUUAACACAAAUGAACUAAUUUUUGUAAUUUUUUCUUUACAUAAUUCUAGCCGUAAAAUGUCUCGUAUUUGGAGCUUUUUCUCUUCUGCAAAGGCCAUUAUACCUCAUGCUCCUUCAGAACUCAAUUGUUCCAAGAAACAAGGCUUCAGCCCUGCAGUUCUUUUUAGAAAUAAUUUGCUGUACUUCUUUCUGAGUCCUUACAGAAGUGUUGGCGUAAACUCUACUGCUUUGAGAGCAGUAUCUUAAAAUACAGCCCGUAGCAUACACUUCUCAGUGCAAUCCCAGCUUAUGAUCAGUCAUUUAACAGUGUUGAUAGAUAAUAGUAGCAUACUUACCUGAUCACAACUCUAAAGAGAUAUCCCCAGCCAUCCUCUAGAUUUACUCUAAGGACUGCACACAUCACAUUUAUAAAGACAUGUAUGAGGGAAAAUGUGUACCCUAGUGCUCUGUUGGAUGUGAAGAUGCCACAUGGUUGUAGACUCGUGCUCACUAUGGACAUGGCUUUGUGGGUUUUUUACAGCAAUGUGGGGGGAUAUUUAUUUGGAUUUAUAGUUUAUCAGACUUGAGGGCUCAGGUGGCCACGAGUUUCAGUUCUGUAAAAGAAUGACAAUAAAAACAAA